CAUGGAGAAUGCUCCAUCAGGGCUAAUGGGGUUCAGGAAAAAAACAACCGCCCACUACGGAUUUUUACUAGAGCGCUGCCGCGGGUGUUCUUCCAGCCAGAACGGAGCCCUUCGGCACCUUUUUCCCGCUGCUCGUACCUCCGUCGCGACCCAGGCCGCAGACCGACCGCAGCGGGACCCCGCCUGGGAGAAGCCGGGGGGGGGGGGCGCGGCUCCCGCCCCGCCGGCGGACGGGGCACGAUCGCCACCUGGCGGCCGCGGGCCGGCACUGCAGCCGCCGGCAGCACCGCCCUCAGCGGGACGCGGCCCGGGCGGCCGAACGCCUUCGGCGCCCUCCGUCGGGCCGGGCCUCUCACCUCCGGCUCCGCAGGGGCGCGUAGAUACGCUGCAGGCACCCCCGUACGGGAUGCGCGGCGUGUUCGCCGCGGCUGCUUUGUGA